AACGUGCGCGUCCCCGUUCGUCGGCGGCGGCGCGCAGUGAUUUAUCGGGAGAACAGGAAACAGGAGACGACAGGAACAGAGGGGCCCGGGCAGGCGGAGCGAAGCCAGCGGGGGGAAAAAAGCUCACAAAAACCGGGAUUUAAAACCAAAAAACCCUCACAAAAAAAGGUCUUUUACGCACAGGAACGGGAUUAAUUAGUCUGCGAAGCACAGGAGAAGGGGGCGACUGGAAAUAAGCGCACUUGGAUCGAGAAGAAACUGCAAUAAAAUCUGGAAAGUUAAGUCCUCCGUUUCUCUGGAACGGAGCCGCAUUUUGUCCGUCGGCGUGCAGUGAGUGGUGACGCGGCCCGAGGAGCUUCUGCACACGGACGACCAAAAGGCAGCAAACAAAGAAUGGAUCUUUAAAUUCGACUUGCACUGUGAAGAGGAAGAGAACGGGAUUAUUAUUAACGGUUCUCGUGCUUUUUUUCCCUGGUUCAACAACCGUCUCCGACUAGCAGCCGUUAGCUCCUCCAUCUGCUCGCGCCGCGGCUCUCGCGUUAGCUGCGCUGGCGUGGAAAGUGUCACAGAGUCGGGCGGCUUUGUCCUUUCUUCUUUGUGUAAAGAAACUAUUUUUGCCAUAAAGAAUAACCAACGUUAUGGGUGCUCGCUAGCUGGCGACGACGCGGUCCCCGAGCAGUGGCGCCGGCACUGCGGCCUUCGCGCCCCCGUGGCCGGGAAGGACUCCGGACUCCCUCACUCACUCGGCUCUCCAGCAUCAUCCAUCCAUCCCUCCGCCCGCCGCCGGCCGUGCAGCCCUUGGCUUGUUUAGAUGGUUGGGACGGCGCGCGAUCGCUUUCUCGCAUCGUCACCGCUCUUUGUUGAGGCGCGAACGGCUCGGACGCGGAAGGAGACGCGGGACUCGUCGUCUCGGAGUCGGGAGUUCGGCUCUGAGUGAUCCGUGUGUGGGAACGGAGCGGAGCGGAGGAGGAAGCAGGCAGGGGGCCCGGCGGCGGCGGCGGCACUGCGGUGCAGCCAGUCACCCAGUGCCAGUGGAGCUGGCGGAGCUGACGGAACUGCUCCACUCUCAAGAUGAUGUGCGAAGUGAUGCCCACAAUCAGCGAGGCAGAGGUCCCAUCAGGGGGUGGCGGAGGAGGCCGGGGCUCGGGGUCCCCGCUGCAGUCCGAUUCGGACGGGCACUUUGAGUCGCUGAUGGUGUCCAUGCUGGAGGAGCGUGACCGGCUGCUGGAGACACUGCGCGAGACACAGGAGAACCUGGGCCUGACGCAAAGCAAGCUGCAUGAAGUGAGCCAUGAGCGCGACUCACUGCAGAGGCAGCUCAACACAGCCCUACCCCAGGAGUUUGCUGCCCUUACCAAGGAGGUGAACCUUCUCCGGGAGCAGCUAUUGGAACGGGAGGAAGAGAUCGCUGAGCUGAAGGCAGAGAGGAACAACACACGGCUGCUGUUGGAGCACUUGGAAUGCCUUGUCUCGAGGCAUGAGCGCUCUCUGCGCAUGACCGUGGUGAAAAGGCAGGCACAGUCUCCGGCUGGUGUGUCCAGUGAGGUGGAAGUCCUCAAGGCACUCAAGUCCCUGUUUGAGCAUCACAAAGCACUGGAUGAGAAGGUGCGGGAGAGGCUGCGAGUUGCCCUGGAACGGUGCAGUGCGCUGGAGGAGCAGCUUGCAGCUUCACACAAAGAGUUAACCUUUCUGAGAGAGCAGAACAGCCAGAAGAAAGUGGUGGCUGAUGGACCUGUAGAAAUCAGCCAUGAUGCUGGAAAUGCCCUGAGCACUAACGGCAAGCGUUCCUCAGAUGGGUCACUGAACCAUGAAGAGGACCUGGUUAAGACUGCUGAGCUACAGGAGGUCAUUGACCGGCAGAGCAAAGAACUGAGUCAGAUGAAAGAGCGCCUGGCUGCGCUCUCAAGUCGGGUGGCUGAGUUGGAAGAGGACCUGGACACCGCCCGCAAGGACCUCAUCAAGUCGGAGGACACCAACAGCCGGCUGCAGAGGGACAUCCGAGAGUCCAUGGCACAGAAGGAAGACAUGGAAGAAAGGAUCACGACCCUGGAAAAGCGCUAUCUAGGUGCACAGCGCGAGGCCACGUCUGUUCAUGACCUCAAUGACAAGCUGGAGACUGAAAUCGCUAAUAAGGAGUCCCUGUUACGUCAAGCGGAGGAGAAGAACCGACAGCUGCAAGAGCGGCUGGAGCUGGCUGAACAGAAGCUGCAGCAGACCAUGAGGAAGGCAGAGACUCUGCCCGAGGUGGAGGCUGAGCUGGCGCAGAGGGUGGCAGCACUUAGCAAGCCUCACCGCUCAGUGUGCACCGACUCUGGCCUCAAGGAGGCCAAGUUGCUGAGGAAGGCUGAGGAGCGACAUGGAAACAUUGAGGAGCGAUUGAGGCAGAUGGAGGCUCAACUGGAAGAGAAGAACCAAGAGCUGCUGAGGGCACGUCAGAGGGAGAAGAUGAACGAGGAGCACAACAAGCGUUUGUCCGAAACGGUGGACAAGCUGCUCUCCGAGUCCAACGAGAGGCUCCAGCUCCAUCUAAAGGAAAGAAUGUCUGCUCUGGAGGACAAGAACGCUCUCAUUCGAGAUCUUGAGCACACAAAGAAGCUGAUUGAAGAAGCACACCAUGAGAAGGAACAGCUUCUGAUAGAAAUUGAGACAAUGAGAGCGGAAAGCGAGCAGGGGAGGAGCAGGAGCAACUCAAUGCUGCAUCAUGGGCGCUCCCACCUGGUCAACACCCCAGACUUCAGGUACCCGGUGUCUACGUCCUCCGUGAUGGACAGCCACUCAGACCAUUUUAGCAGCGCCUUGGUGCUGAGGCGGCCUCAGAAAGGACGGGUUGCUGCGCUCCGGGAGGAGCCCUCUAAGAGGCAUGUACAGACUCUUAAUGAGCAAGAGUGGGAACGAGUGCAGCAGGCCAAUGUGCUGGCCAAUGUGGCGCAUGCCUUUGAGAGCGACAUGGACAUGUCUGACGUGGAGGAUGACCGAGAAACCAUCUUCAGUUCUGCGGACCUGCUGUCACCUGCUGGCCAGGCAGAUGCCCAGACUCUGGCUUUGAUGCUGCAGGAGCAGCUGGAUGCCAUCAACAAUGAGAUCAGGAUGAUCCAGGAGGAGAAGGAAAGCACCACACAGCGGGCAGAGGAGAUUGAGAGUCGUGUGGGCAGUGGCGAUAGCCUGGGCAGCCACUUCCGCUCCCUCAGCUCCCUCCCACCCUCUUUUGCAGGCUCCUCCCUGGUUGGGUCCUCACCCCCAGGCUCUGGCCAUUCUACCCCACGCCGCAUGCCCCGCAGCCCCAACCGGGAGGUGGACCGCAUGGGUGUCAUGACACUGCCUAGCGAUUUACGGAAGCACCGUAGGAAGUCUUCGCAGGAUGACAAAGCUACAAUAAAAUGUGAGACCUCGCCUCCCUCAACGCCACGAUCCAUUCGUCUCCACAAGGGAGCCGUUCAUGCAGCCAGUCAUGAAGAUCUCAGGGAUAUCAGGAGUGCCACUGGCUUCCAGGAUGGCCAGGGCAGCAACCCCAGCAGUAGUAACAGCAGCCAGGACUCUCUCAAUAAGGCCACCAAGAAGAAGGGCAUCAAGUCCUCCAUUGGGCGACUUUUUGGCAAGAAGGAGAAGGGUCGACCUGGCCCCCCUGGCAAAGAUGGCCCCAGCCAAGCGGGCACUCCAGAGUCCGAGAACUCUCCACAGGAUGCCUUGUGCCUCAGCAAGCUGGGCAGCCAGGGUGAGAAGAACAGGAAGCUGCAGAAGAAUCCAAAAACAGGGCACGAGCUGCUGGAGGAGGCACGACGACAAGGCCUUCCCUUUGCUCAGUGGGAUGGUCCAACUGUGGUGGUCUGGCUGGAGCUGUGGGUGGGGAUGCCAGCCUGGUACGUGGCAGCCUGCCGAGCAAACGUGAAGAGCGGUGCCAUCAUGUCAGCCCUGUCAGACACUGAGAUCCAGCGAGAGAUUGGCAUCAGCAACCCACUGCACCGACUCAAACUGCGCUUAGCCAUCCAGGAGAUUAUGUCCCUAACAAGCCCCUCAGCCCCGCCUACUUCCAGGACGUCGACGGGCAAUGUGUGGGUCACACAUGAAGAGAUGGAGAGCCUCGCAGCCACGCCUCAAACGGAGGAUGAGGAGGGCAGCUGGGCCCAGACACUGGCGUAUGGCGAUAUGAACCACGAGUGGAUCGGAAACGAGUGGCUCCCCAGCUUGGGCCUGCCCCAGUACCGCAGCUACUUCAUGGAGUGCCUUGUGGAUGCACGCAUGCUGGACCACCUGACCAAGAAGGACCUCCGAGGACAACUCAAAAUGGUGGACAGCUUCCACAGAAAUAGUUUCCAGUGUGGCGUGAUGUGUUUGCGGCGGCUUAAUUAUGACAGAAAAGAGCUGGAAAGGAGGAGGGAAGAAUCAUUGACAGAGGUCAAAGAUGUGCUGGUAUGGAGUAACGAACGGGUCAUUAACUGGGUCCAGUCCAUUGGACUUAAAGAGUAUGCAAACAACCUGCUGGAGAACGGUGUGCAUGGUGCCCUCGUUGCCUUAGACGAAACUUUUGAUCACAAUGCGCUGGCUCUCCUGUUGCAGAUCCCCACUCAAAACACUCAGGCAAGAGCUGUUCUGGAGAGAGAAUACAACAACCUCUUGGCUCUGGGUACAGAGCGAAGACUGGAUGAGGAUGAUGACAAAAACUUCCGGAGAGCACCUUCUUGGAGGAAGAAAUUUCGUCCCAAAGAUGUGAGGGGGAUGUCAGCAGGGUCUGCUGAAACUCUCCCAGCCAACUUCAGGGUUACAAGUACCAUGUCUUCACCAUCUAUGCAGCCAAAGAAGAUGCAAAUGGACGGAAAUGUAUCUGGGACACAAAGGUUGGACUCUGCUACAGUUAGGACUUACUCCUGUUAACACCUCCCUCUUGUUUAUCCACAUUAUUUGUAUAGGUAAUUAUGCAGCACAAUUCCAGUUGAAGUCAACAUCAACAGAAUCAGGAAGGAAUCAUCAUUGAGGACUUAAAAUAUUUUAUUACAGAGUAUAAUUAGCUGUUUUAAAUCUCUUGAACUACCCUAGAGGAAAUAGUUUAAGUGUUUGUUAUAUUUAUGUAAACUGAUGGGACAUUUUGUGUAUUUAGAUCUAAUAUGUAUUUUUGUUUGCCUGACUAUUCAUUCUGAAUUUUGUUGCUUUCCUUUCAAUUCUCCUGUGCCCUUAUCAGAUCUAAAUUCUUCAGAUGUAACUGAAUGUAUCACAAGUCUGAAGUUUGUAUAUUUAUCUGCAGAUGUUAUCUAAUCUUUUUUUUAUAUUUCUAAUUCUGUAUUUUACACCAAGUUCAUUUUGUUUAAUCAAUGGAAUUUAAUGCUAAAGUGACUAACUGGUGUGAUCAUUUUGUUCCCCCUUUGUUUUAAUCAAAUUAUGUUUAAAUGUUAUGUGUAAUCAGAGAACUGCUGAAGCUCAUCCCUAAACUUGAUUUAGCUUUCUCUUUUGGAAGUUGAAUUAAAAAU